AUGACUAUCCUCAUCGAUCAGCCUCAAUUUGGGAUCGAAGUGGAAGGAAAAAGGGUUGUUAAUAAUGAAAAGGAGUUGGAGUUUGAUGAAGGAUUUAUAAUGCCCAAUGCCAAUACAUUUGGCCACAAUUUUAGGGAUUAUGAAGUUGAAAGUGAAAGGCAAGAAGGGGUGGAAAAUUUCUAUAGGACUAAUCACAUCAACCAGACGUAUGAUUUCGUGAAGAAGAUGAGAGAAAAGUACGGAAAAUUGGACCGGGUGGAAAUGAGCAUAUGGGAAUGUUGUGAACUUCUGAACGACGUUGUUGACGAGAGUGAUCCCGAUUUGGACGAGCCUCAAAUCGAGCACUUGUUACAAACAGCUGAAGCCAUUAGGAAGGACUAUCCUAACGAAGAUUGGUUACACUUGACUGCUCUUAUCCAUGAUCUUGGAAAAGUUCUUCUUCUUCCUAGCUUUGGUGCGCUCCCUCAAUGGGCUGUUGUUGGUGACACUUACCCCGUUGGAUGUGCUUUCGACGAAUCAAUCGUUCACAACAAGUACUUCAAGGAAAACCCCGACUACAAAAAUCCUGCUUACGAUACUAAAUGUGGAGUUUAUAGCGAAGGUUGUGGCCUUGACAAAGUGAUGAUGUCUUGGGGGCACGAUGACUACAUGUAUUUGGUGGCGAAGGAGAAUAAAUCAACCUUACCUUCGGCCGGUCUUUUUGUAAUCAGAUACCAUUCAUUUUAUGCUUUGCAUAGAUCGGGAGCUUACAAGCACUUGUUGAAUGAGGAAGACGAGGAGAAUCUGAAGUGGCUAAAGAUUUUCAACAAGUAUGAUUUAUACAGCAAGAGCAAGGUUAGAAUUGAUGUUGAAGAGGUUAAGCCAUAUUAUCUCUCUCUCAUUGAAAAGUAUUUCCCCACAAGGCUAAGGUGGUAA